GAUGUCAGAGCUUUUCCCCACUAGAAAGAGAACAAAACCAUAUAAAAUUAAACAAAAGAUUAUCUAUUAGGUAAGAUUCAAAAUGCUUCUCUGGUGUCUCAUGCUCCCCAUCUGCAGAAAUAUACUCUUACACACCCACCAAACUGACCAAAAAGCCUUAUCUUUCUCAAAACCCACCUUACACCUCCUUUCAACUUAUGAAAUUAUAUUUUAUUUAGCUCCCCUUUUUCCUUGUAUUCUACAUUAUUCAGGUCCUUAUAAAAAGCAUUUGUUCUAUUACAAUAUUGGUCUUUUUAUUCUUCCUAUCUAUAUAAGCAUGCGUUUAAACAUAAUACCGUGUCAAUACUAUUUCUCCAGGACAGCUCAAGGUAAAUAUCUUCCCUCAACUCUAUAUAUAAGCACCAAACUUUUUAUGCAUACAUGAAUUUUAGUUAUGCUUUCCAGGAUUACAAUCAUGUUUAUCUUUUGUUGGAGGAUUUAUUGGGGCAAUUUCUUCCAUUUUAUUUCUCUUGAUAUACAGGACAGACUUCAGUUGCCAAGACUGACGCUAGCAAGGGUUGUUUUGUUCAUGAUCAUAUUUUUCAUGAUCAAGAACUAAAGACGACGGUUAGUGCCAGUUCCAGAUUAUACAGAAAGUGAUAUUAAGCUGAGGUUUGAUCCAACUUUGUCUCUGCUAAAAGACUUACAGCAAAAAUUCCUCACUUGGCUUCUUUUGGCAAGCUAACCUGAGUGCCAGCUGUAUCUGGAUUUGAGAAAAAUUUCAUCCAUGGAUGGCUUGGGAUGGGAUGACUCAGAAGUUGUAGCAAACUCAUUGCCUGUGUGGAACAGUCAGCGAAAUGAUAUAGAAGACAGUUUCUUAAUGUCCAACUCAAAUUCCUCCAUGUAUGGCGGCAAGAUGGAUCUGCCAGAAGAUAUCUUCAAUCCAGUUCAAGAACUCCAGAAAGCGGAGCCUUCUCGUGUAAAUCCAGAUUCAGAUAUAGUAAGGGAAAUCGUUCAGCAACAAGUUUCUGAACUAGAUUCAGUAAACGUUGCCUCAAACUUUAAUAUGUUGCAGCGUCAAGGAGUAAGGUUAGCAGCGGAUACAAGCCUCCUGAAAUCUGCCAACUGGGGAGAUGCUUUAUCACAAGAGUUGUACUCUUCUGCUUUGAUGAAAAGAGCUUAUGGUUUGAGCACAUCAAAUGCUUCGAUUUCUGAUAUUGGCAUGGCGGUUCAAUCACAAGUCAUAAAUGGUUUGCGAAAUGGAAAGGCUGGGGCUACAACAACUGGUUCUCUUGAGUCCUUUGAUUGCUUGCUCUCAGCAAGUAAUAGCAACACUGAUACAUCAGUUGAAGAUGAUGGGAUUUCCAUGAUUUUCUCAGACUGUAAAAACUUGUGGAAUUUUGCUGCUAGUAGUGCAGUUUCAUCAGGAGAGUCCGAAAACAAUGGCUCAAAUACCGGAAGCAAAGAUUUCAACUGUCCUGUAAAUGAGCUUGACGAAACAUUGUCCCAGAGUUCUUCGGAUCGGUACUUCAAAAAUGGCAAACUAUCACAAACAAAGCCGAGUUUUUCAAAGAGAGGCAGUGAUCAAAAAGGUGGUUUUAGGCUCAUUCCUGAGAACCCACCAAAAGCAAAGAAAGCCAGAACAGAAAAGCGCCCUAGCUCAUCGAACAUCAAUUUUCAACAGCCAAGUUCAUCAGUAUCUUCUUCCAUUGAGGAACCUGAUCCAGAAGCCAUUGCGCAAAUGAAAGAGAUGAUUUAUCGAGCUGCAGCCUUUAGGCCUGUGAACUUAGGCUUGGAAGUGGUGGAAAAACCAAAGAGGAAGAAUGUGAGAAUAUCAACUGAUCCUCAAACUGUUGCCGCAAGGCAAAGGAGGGAGAGGAUAAGUGAGAGAAUUAGGGUUCUGCAGAGGCUGGUUCCUGGUGGGAGCAAGAUGGAUACAGCAUCAAUGCUUGAUGAGGCUGCAAACUACCUUAAGUUCCUCAGGUCCCAAGUCAAGGCACUAGAAAACCUAGGCCACAAACUUGAGCCGAUGAAUUGUCCUCCUACCAAUCUUGCCUUCUCUUCUUUACCAAUCAACCACUCUCUUCCCAUGCAAACUCAUUUGCCACUCCUUAACCUUAAUCAUAUCCAACACCCGCAGAGUUGAAAAAACUAUUCCAAAGCCUAUAAAAGAAAUCCUAACCACAUGAUUCCUCAGUCACGCUCAUCAUCGUUUCAUAAUUCAUCAUUAAUGAUUAACAUGCAAAAACUUUUUCGCAGCCUCAUAGCUAGUUUUAGGACUAUACUAGAAAACUAAUCCAAAUCCCUUGAUCAUCAUUUUCGUCAUUGCAUCUACUGUAAUCAAGAGAUAAAAAGUCUUGGUAAUGAUAGAUUUCCUGAUUAUCACCACCAUUGUAUCCACCACCCAAAAGCAGAAAGGGAGUGUUAUGAUCAGUUCUAUUUCCACCAUCGUGUUUGCUGCUUCCACUUUCAGACUUAAGAUAAUUGGAGUGGAACAGCAAAAAAGAAGGGUGGAAAUAGCAUAGUUCUUGUCCACCUUUUCAUAUGAAAAGGCUUAGCAAUUAUAGCACCUAUGAUUAAGAUCAAGGGCUAGAAAGUGAUAAUCAAUUUAGUACUCUUGU